AUGCGUCCCAUGCUUCCCGUGCUGCCCUCGUGCUCCUGUGCUGCCCCCGUGCUCCCUUGCUGCCCCCGUGCUCCUGUGCUGCCCCCGUCCUCCCGUGCUGUCCCCGUGUUCCCGUACUGCCCCCGUGUUCCCGUGCUGCCCCCAUGUUCCCGUGCUGCCCCCGUGUUCCCGUGCUGCCCCCGUGUUCCCAUGCUGCCCCCGUGCUGCCCCGUUCUGCCUGUGUCGUGCCCGUUUCCGUGCCGUGUUGCCCCGUUCAGCCCUUGUCCUUCCCGUUCUGCCUGUGCUGCCCCGUUGUCCCCGUGUUGCCCCGUUCUGCCUCCCGUGUCCUGCCCCGUUCAGCCCGUGUCCUGCCCCGCUCUGCUUGUGUUGCCCCGUUCAGCCUGUGUCCUGCCCCGUUCAGCCCGUGUCCUGCCCCGCUCUGCCCGUUUGCCUCGUUCAGCCCGUGUCCUGCCCCGUUCUUCCCGUGCUGCGCCAUUCUGCCCGUUUGUGCCCUACCCGUGCUGUCCGUACCCGUUCGUGCCCCACCCGUGCUGUCUGUUCUCGCUCGUGCCCCACCCGGUCUGUGCUGCCCGGUCUCUGCUGCCCGUCACCCCCGUGCGGCCCGUCCCGUACAGCACCUAG